AUGAAAUCCCUAUUUUCUUUCUUUUUCCUCAUCUCUACAGCAAUUGCCGAUUUGUGUCAAUAUUGUGGUUGUGAUUUCUCCACAGAGUCUGUCACUUGUUCGGACAAGGAUUUCCUUCUCCGAACAGUUUCUUUACUACCAUCAAUCUCUCAAUUGGUUCUUCAUCGAAUCCCCCUUCCACAUGCUCCACACUUUCUCUAUCACACAAAUCUACGCAUUCUGAAAAUCAAUGAUUGCGGCUUAGAGGGACUCUCAGCUCACUCAAUUCUCCCACUCCCGAAUCUAGAGGUUAUCAGCUUUGCAAACAACAAGUUAACAACACUACCAGCAACUCUUUUCCGAAGACAAGAUGAUUUGAAAGUGAUCGAUGUCAGUUACAACAAAAUCUCUGACUUGAGUGGAAUUGAGUGGAUUCUAGGGGAGAAUGUGCUUCUCGAUGCACUUGAUCUCGGGCAUAAUCCAAUCGAAAUGUCUACUCGAUCCACCAAAUUGCCACCAGUGCGUCAACUUUUAAUGUCAAUGACGAACAUUGAGCGAAUCAAUGGAACAUCGAUUAUUUUCAAGGCAACAGAUCGAUGCAAAGUUGAUGGUUGUCGAGUUUUGCCGUUUCCGAGAACUGAAUCGCUCACUUAUUUUGAUGUGGCUGAUAAUGGGGCGGUGAUUGAAGCGAGUGCUUUACAGGCUUUACUGAAUGCGACACAUUUAAAUUUUGCCAAUAGCAAAUUACCAGCCGAGUUCUUUGAUUGGUUAGAGACAGCAGCCGUUAUUCAUCUCAAUCUUUCAAAUGCUCAGAUUACUGUACCAAAUGAGGAAUGGCGAUGGUGUGGACCUCGUUUAGAAACACUUGAUAUUUCAAAUAUUCAUCUUCGUAGACUUCGUCUCAAUCGUGGAUGUGUAUUGCGAAAAAUUUUCGCUAAAGAGAACCAGCUUGAGAUGGCUUUUCUCGAUACACCAACAUUAGAAGCAGUUUAUUUGGAUAAAAAUCUUUUCUCUGAUUGGCCGAUGCUUCCAAUGGGAACUUCAUUAGAUCGACUCGAGACUUUCUCGAUUUCAUCGAAUCUUUUAACUACUUUGCCACCUGGUGCACUCACUCAUUUUCCUAUACUUCAGCACCUCGAUCUCUCUAGAAAUCAAUUGUCGAAAGUGGAUUUUGACGCUUUCCCCACUUUAGGAAUGCAGUUGAUUUCAAUCGAUUUAUCCUACAAUCAACUUUCUGUUCUUCCUCAUCCUGUACUUCCAUCAAUCCUAUUUUUCGAUGUUUCAUCAAAUAAUAUCAACGAGAUGUCGCCUUUUCUUUUUGCUGGAAUGCCUCUCUUGCAACAUCUCAAACUCUCCAACAAUCCGCUGAUCUUUAGGAAUUGCUCUGAAAAAUGUUGGCUAGAUCAUUUGGAUAUUCUCACAAAUCUCGUUGAUCUUGAUUUGAGCAAUUGUCAAUUGAAUAGAACAUUGGAUCUUUCAAAGCAAAUGUCUCUAAAGUCAGUGAUUUUACGAGGCAACCAAUUGACAGCAAUUGAUGGUCGUCAUUUCCCGAGCUCUUUAUCGAUGUUGGAUGCCGGUGAAAACUUGAUUCAUUACGUGAAAAAUCUCACCUCUCACUCGAAUCUCCGCGAGCUGAGACUCGAUGGAAAUCCACUCAUUUGUGAUUGCUCCCUUUUUGAGAUCCGUUCCCAACUCUUCAAUCAAACGAAAAUCAACGACCCACAAUCGUAUUAUUGUUUCUCUUCUUCAUGGCAAUACCCUUUACUACCUUAUCUCUCAACGUUAAAGCCUUGCAUCCUCAACUCAGCCUCGUCCCUUUUGCCUACAAUCGCCACCGCUUUCUUGAUCACUUUAUGCAUAAUUUUCUUGAUUGUUGUCUCAAUUCUAGGCGGUCAACGUGCUUGUAGUUCAAUCUCUCACAACUAUAAACGUUUAGCCGCUGAAUUGCCCGUUCGACUA